AUGCCCGUGGCAGGCGUACCGCCACCUUGGCGAUGGCUGGCAUGGGCCUUUUGCAUUUUCGCCGCCGCCGCCGCCGCCGCCGAGGUUUCGGCCUUCUGGAGCGUUGACGGUGCGAACCCAUCGAGCGAAUCGCAUGUCAGCUACCGUGCCGCCUCGAGAGCAGCGAGACUCGAUAGUAGGCCAGACACGUACGUCCUCGCACUGAGAGAGCUGCAGGAGUUGGAGUCGGAGCCGCUCUGCCAUCGAAUCGCUGCCCGCCUCCUCGUCAAUAACUGCCAGCUUCUGGACGGCCAGGACGAGGCAGCCGUCCUGAUCGACAGCGGAAGGGCGACUCGAGAUUUUGUCGACUUCUUUGCCGCUAGCCUGGCUAUAUGCGAUUUGGAGAGGGGAAGCUUUACCAUUCCUCGGGCUUGUUCCAAAUUUCGAGAGUCGUCCCUAGCCGGUCUGCCUGUGCCUUCGACGCCGCAACUGCAUCUAUCGACGUCCGAAAUAGACGGUUGUCUCGAGGGUCUUGCCCAGUCGGAUUCGGCUUGGAACACGUGGGUGAGCUACAGACAUAAAGCUCUGCGUUUUUGCGAAGCGGCUCGCAGCGAUAACGAAAAGGAUCAAAACAUUCAUUUGUACAAACGAAUCACGAAGAUCCUUGCCAAACUUACGACACAGGUAGAAACAGACGCCGAAUCAAGAUUAAAUACCUUGAACAAGAAAUUUCGAGAUGCGAGCGCAAACAUGGAUCGCGUUGCACCAUACGUGGACGAGUUGAAAGACAGAUUGCUUCAAGUCGAGCAAGUUAUUUCCGAAGUUGUGUCUCGGAGAGCGGAAGAGGCCGCGGCGAUCGUCCAAGACGGCCUUGCUGAUGCGCAGAGUUUGCAGCAGCUGCUCAGUGCGCUCCGAGCCACCAUAGUAGACAACGACGAAAAGACUGUGCGUUCACAUGAAUCCGCCUUGCAACAUGUCUCCGAUCAAGCCAAGAACGAGAUUGGAUUUUUCAUGACGACGUUAAGCGCCGCACUCAUCAGUUCAGCAUCGCUCGCCCAGGAACUUACGGAUGCCCAGUCUAGAACGACCCAAAUGGCACAGAAACAAAAGAAAAUAGAAGCCGGUAUGGAGAGACUCGCCGAAAUGGCGGACGCGUUGACUGUGAGGCAUGAGCAUCAUCAGCAAUACCUGAAUCAGGCACAGCAAUCGGCAGAACAAGUUUUGCGAACCCUUGACUCUGUUACCACAACGGCAAGUACCUUCAAGAGCUCCAUUCUAGAUGCACUCGGAUUCAGCCGCUGGUGGCCAUUCGUCUUCUGCCCAGCGACAACACUCGUGGUAGGGUCGUAUGGUCUUCCACCAUCUGCGGCUAGAAACAUCGCGCUAGUUGGUCUUGGUACGCUUGAAAAACGUGAACAUUACGGAGAUUGA